AUGUUUGCCGCCCCGCAGUGUACGUUGGGGGGUGAGCUUUUUGAUGCCAACCGCACGCCCAUCUCUGCCGUUUAUUGCGAUCCGAGCGGUGCCGUUUGGGCGGUUGACGCCGCAGAGAUGCGUGUCUUCCACUUUUCCGCUUCUACCGUUGCCGAUUUAAUUGCAUCAGCGUCCCCGUUGUCUGCUGUGCCUCAUGUGGACGUGGCGGCAGCGAAGGUUCCUGCUUCUCCCCGUUUUGAGUGCAGCAAGGGGGAUCACAUUCUUGCCGUUGUAUUUCCGACUACGCGUGAUGCAAGCCACGCCGUGGCGUGUAUUGUCACAACAGAGGGACGUCUCGUGCUGGUCGACCCCGAGGACCCCAUGGGUGAGCUCCGACAGUGCGACCUUAGUACACCGCUGACAGCCGUGACGCCUGUAACGAUGGAUGGGGUGAGUGCAACGGUAGGGAAUGGCACCGGCGUGCUGGUUUCAUCAUUUGAUGGGACAUUUAGUGAGGUGGUGUUCGUUGAGUGGGAGGGUGAGGACAAGGCGGAGGUGAGUGCCACGGGUUUGUUUCGCAUUUGUGGUCACCUCCAGGCCGUGGUGCUAGAUGAGGCCCGUGAACGCAUUAUAACCAUCACGCAGCGUGGAGAUGUGGACGUGUGGAACUGGCGAAAAGGAUUUGACGAGACUCUCACGUUUGGCAUGCCAGCCUACUCCGUUGACGAUUACGGUGAGCCGUCGUGCAGCAUACUGCUCAGUGGGGGGCAGCUCUGGGUUGGUACGGUGAUGGGCUACAUUAUUGUCUUCGCCUUGAAGCCAGGCGUGAGUGAUGGAUCACUGCAGCAUGUGUGGCAAGCACACAGUGAUGCAAUAACCAUACGGAGUCUACUCGUCAUGUCGCUUGGACGACACAUCUGGAGCUACGCGGCGGACGGACAGGUGCUCGUGUGGGACACAGCUGCAUGGACGUUGCAGGGGUCCUUCCAGUUUCCUGGCAAUGCGUUUUCAACCCUGCACGGUGGCCUACGCUGCAUUGAUACCAUUGUGUGGGCCACUGGCAGGACGGCGGGAACAGUAACGUGGUUCACCGUGAAGGAGCCCCUCUUGCGUGCGGAGAAGGGACUGCCUCUUGACCGUGACAGGUGCGUGGUGCGGCAGAGCGACGUUGAACGCUUCCAUGUGCUUGAAGCGCUUGUGUCGCACCUCUGUUCGCAGCUGAUGCAGGACGAAGCCGGUGACGAGGAAGCGAAGCAGUCAGGGGGACAUGCGAGCGCCAAUGGCGCGGAGUCGUCGAAGCACCCGAUGGAAGAGGGGGAGGAAAGACACAAGAUGAUUGCCAGCAUGACAACUCCGCCGCACCUUGCCGUGGCGCUGCAGCAGCUCGGCGAAGAUUAUCUGGCGGUACGGCUGCUUCCAUCUGUAGUGGCAUCACUCGUCGCAGGCCAGCGGAUGGUGCGACGGGCGCUUACGGACGCCGGUGUGCGUGCACGGAGCUUUCUGGAGGACGUCCAACUUCUUCUGCAGGACCAUAGCCGAUAUCGGGAGCUGCAGGCACAGGUUCAGCGGUGCCUUGCAGAGCUCCGCCAAGUGCUGCAGCUUGGCGAGGCAUGUGACACCCUUGAUGACGUGGUAGACACCGUUAUAACUCUCACACGGCGCACGGGCGAUGACUCUUUUCCAGCAUUGUCGGCCAAAUCACCAAGUGAACGCAAUUGCCGAACAUCUUCACGAACCCGCAGUGGCUCCGCCCCGGAGUUUGCAACAAUCGCUUCGCCCCUUGCGGCGGCAGGGGACAGCGUUGCUGCAAGACAGCUGGAGGAGGAUCUCCGGCUGGAGCGACAACGCCGAGAGUGUAGCGAGGCGCAGCUUACCGAGGUGUGCGACGAGAAGCGCGAGCUGCAGCGGCAGCUGUCGCAGUCUAUGCGUCAGCAGGAGGAGUAUGAAGAGCGUCUCCUGUCACUGGAGAGGCGACUAGCGGCGGCAAAGAAGGCGGCAGCGGUGAAGACAACGGAGGCAGCACUUUUCUCCGAAAUGGAGGCGAGCCUUCAUGAGGCCCAUCAAACGACGAAUGCGCUUCAGGCGAAGCUGGAGAGCCUUAUGCGUGAGAGAGAGGAGUCGCUUCACGCGGCAAAGGAGAAUAAAUCUUUGCAUGCCGAGCUUCACACGUUCGAGGUGAAGGAGGAGCUUGCGAGACGGGCCUUCACCAGCUUCAUCGAGACGCAGGACCUUAUCCUGGACAAGUUGAACGACAUGCUACAGCACGCGGAUACUGGCGGGGGCGUGCCCCAUGGGGUGUCGCCUCUCUACGAGUGGCUUUGUGACCGUGUUGAGUCGCAGCAUGCGUUUAUGGUUGAGCUCAAACGCGGCUACAGCCGGCUGCGCGAGAGAGACACAACGUCGUGA